GAGAGGGAAGCACUGGUCAAGAAGGGAACCAACACCAGAGUCUGGUAUGGUCAAAAGCUGAUUCCAGAGCCCUGGAAAGAAAAAGUAGAAAACAUAGGGGUUUGGGGAGGGAGCUCGGAAGAGAGCACAGGUGUUGCUCAUUCUAUUCUGAGCGCUGUCUCAGAAGAUGGAAUCACCUUUAGCACAAGUGGUCUCCCUGCCAGAGGAUGAGGAGCUACAGCCCUGGGGAGGCUCUGGAGGCCCUGGUCAGCACCCAGGAAGACCGAGGUCAACAGAGUGUGCCUACCCUGGGGUUGUGGAGAAGGUGCGGCCAAAGUGGGACAACCCCCUACAGUUCCUACUCGUCUGUGUCUCCUAUGCUGUGGGCCUGGGCAAUGUAUGGCGCUUCCCCUACCUGUGCCAGAUGUAUGGCGGAGGGAGUUUCCUGGUCCCCUACAUCAUCAUGCUCAUUGUGGAGGGGAUGCCACUGCUGUACAUGGAGCUGGCCGUGGGGCAGCGUAUGCGUCAGGGCAGCAUUGGUGCCUGGAGGACCAUCAGCCCCUACCUCAGUGGUGUUGGCAUUGCUAGCUUGGUGGUCUCAUUUUUGGCCUCUGUGUACUUCAAUGUCAUCAACACCUGGGCUCUCUGGUACCUCUUCCACUCUUUCCAGGAUCCCCUGCCGUGGUCUGUCUGCCCACUGAAUAGUAACCGCACAGGCUACGAUGAGGAGUGUGAGAAGGCUUCCUCAACACAGUACUUCUGGUAUAGGAAAACACUCAACAUCUCACCAUCCAUCCAGGAGAAUGGAGGAAUCCAGUGGGAGCCAGCGCUGUGCCUCAUCCUGAGCUGGCUUAUUGUCUAUCUGUGUAUCCUGAGAGGCACCGAAUCUACUGGCAAGGUGGUCUAUUUCACCACAUCAAUGCCUUACUUCGUGCUCAUCAUCUACCUGGUCCGGGGCCUCACACUUCAUGGAGCCACCAAUGGCCUGGCAUACAUGUUCACACCCAAGAUUGAGCAGCUAGCCAACCCCAAGGCCUGGAUCAAUGCAGCCACACAGAUCUUCUUCUCACUGGGCUUAGGGUGUGGUGGCCUGAUCGCUUUUGCCAGCUACAAUGAACCCUCCAAUGACUGCCAGAAGCAUGCCCUCAUUGUGUCUGUCAUCAAUAGUACUACCGCCAUAUUUUCCAGUAUUGUCACCUUCUCCAUCUAUGGCUUCAAGGCCACCUUCAACUAUGAAAACUGCUUAAACAAGGUGAUUCUGCUGCUGACCAAUUCUUUUGACCUUGAAGAUGGCUUUCUGACAGUCAGCAACCUGGAGGAGGUGAAGAACUACCUGGCAUCUACUUACCCAAACAAGUACAGUGAAGUGUUCCCACACAUUAGAAACUGCAGCUUGGAAUCAGAGCUGGACACGGCUGUCCAGGGCACAGGCCUGGCCUUCAUCGUCUAUACCGAGGCCAUUAAAAACAUGGAUGUGUCCCAGCUCUGGUCAGUGCUCUACUUCUUCAUGAUGCUAACACUGGGUAUGGGAAGCAUGGUGGGGACAGGAACAGCCAUCCUCACCCCUCUGACUGACAGCAAGGUCAUCUCCAGCUACCUACCCAAGGAGGCCAUUUCAGGUCUGGUAUGCCUCAUCAACUGUGCUGUUGGCAUGGUGUUCACCAUGGAGGCUGGGAACUACUGGUUUGACCUAUUCAAUGACUAUACAGCCACCCUGUCUCUGCUGCUCAUUGUGCUGGUGGAGACCAUAGCUGUGUGCUAUGUGUAUGGGCUAAAGAGAUUUGAAAGUGACCUUCGGGCCAUGACUGGCCGCACCCUCAACUGGUACUGGAAGAUCAUGUGGGCGUUUGUGAGUCCACUGCUCAUCGUCGGACUCUUUAUCUUCUACCUGAGUGACUACAUCCUCACGGGAACGCUGCAGUACCAAGCCUGGGAUGCUACUCAGCCAAGCCUCGGCUCACUUUUCUCCUGCAUCUGCUGGCCUCAAGUGUGGAAAAGCACAUGCAGAGUCAAAUGGCCAAUAAGAUCGUUCAAGGAAAAAAAGCCAGACCACCUCAGAGGUUGUGAUGCAUCUAUGUUCCCGCCUGAAAAACACAGCAAGGGCUGGAAAUCAGCAGCCCCUAUCUGGAAGCAUUAACUGACAGGACACUAUCUAUAGAAUUCAGUAUUAUUUUUACUCAAAAUUAUCCCUAAAUUUGCAACAUUAUCAGUUUUCAAAGCUUUGAGUUUUAAAAGUUGCUAUGCAGAGACAACUUAUUGUUUGGGGAGUUGUUCUGGUUUGAUUUCUAUUUCAGUGAUAAAUAUAAUAACCAAAAGCAACUUGGGAGAGGAAAGGCAUUAUCUGGCCUCUACUUUACAGUCUAUCACUGAAGGAAGCCAAGGCAGAAACCUAGAGGCAGGAACUGAAGCAGAGACCAUAGAGGGUCUCUUACCUGUCUGCUCUCCAUGGCUUGCUAGUUGCAUUAUUACAUAAUCCAAGAGCACUUGCUCAGGGAUGGCGCUGCCCACAGUGUGCUAGGCCAUUCCUCAUCAAUCAUUAAUCCAAAAAAUGCCCCCAUAGACUUGCCUACAGGACA